GAUAUAUCCGCACUGCAUACCUUAAUAAAGUAAAAUGUAAAUGAUUUAUGGAAUCAUUUCGGCUAUUAGAUGAAACUUUACCUGUUUCAGUCCACCGUUUCGGACGAAUUCAAGAUCUUUGCAACGUGACACUUAACAGAAAACAUCAUGGGAGAUAACUGCAUUCUGGUGACUGGAGGGGCGGGGUUUGUGGGAAGCCACUCGGUCAUUGAGCUGAUAGAGGCGGGAUACAGCGUGGUGGUGAUGGACAAUCUCGCCAAUGCAAGCAUGGAGAGCAUAAAGCGAGUGGAGGAAAUCACAGGAAAAUCUAUACCGUGUCACAGCAUAGACCUCCUCGAUAAACCUGCUCUGUUGGACUUAUUCAGCAAACAUAAAUUCACCAGUGUCAUCCAUUUUGCGGGACUUAAGGCUGUAGGAGAAUCCUGCCAGUUGCCACUGCUUUACUACAAAAACAAUGUUGGAGGGACCGUCAGUCUGUUGGAGGUGAUGAAAGAGAAAGGAGUGAAGAAUAUGAUUUUCUCCAGUUCAGCGACUGUUUACGGCAGUCCUCAGUAUCUGCCUAUUGACGAGAAGCACCCAGUAGGAGGCUGUACAAAUCCGUACGGAAAAACCAAAUACUUCAUCGAAGAAAUCUUAAGAGACCUCCACAAAGCGGAGCCAGAUUGGAACAUUAUCAUGCUGCGGUAUUUUAAUCCAGUGGGAGCACAUAAAUCAGGGAAAAUCGGGGAAGACCCUCAAGGCAUUCCGAACAAUCUGAUGCCGUUCAUCUCCCAGGUGGCUGUGGGAAAGAGGGCGGAGCUCAGUGUGUACGGAAGCGACUACGACACGACUGACGGAACAGGGGUGCGAGACUAUAUCCAUGUGGUGGACUUGGCUCAGGGCCAUGUGGCAGCACAGAAAAAAAUCGAGACAAAUUGUGGCUGUAGGGUGUACAAUUUAGGGACAGGAAAAGGUUACUCUGUGUUAGAAAUGGCCAAAGCAUUUGAGGAAGCUAGUGGCAAAGCGAUUCCAUUCAAAAAAGUUGACCGUCGUCCUGGUGAUGUUGCUUCAGUUUACGGGAAUGCGGACUUGGCCAAGCAGGAGCUUGGCUGGUCAGCCUCACUUAAUCUCAAACAAAUGUGUGAGGAUACUUGGCGUUGGCAGUCCUUGAAUCCAAAUGGUUUCCGAAAAUAGACAUUCAAAUAUAGCAUCAUAAAUCAUAAAACUUGUGCAGGGUGUCAAGUCCCUAUUUAUUCCUAUGUUUUCCUAUAAACUUGAAGGUUCUUAUAUUUUCCCUACAAGUCAUUAAAAUUCCUAUAAAGCCCUACAUGUAUAUAUCAACAACAAAAAAAGAGUCCUAUUUUCAAAAAGAUAACAAAAAUAUAUAACUCUUAGAUUUUUGUUAUGUGCCAAGAAAAAAAAAAUCCUGGAGCUGAUGCUAGAUUGAUAUUUAAUUAGAUUGUUAUGAAGAGAAUGUAUAAGAAAUGUCUAUGGAAUGGAAAACUGUCCACAUCUGAAAGGAUUUUGUCUUUGUUUAUGUUUAAUAUUAUUUCUUCUCCUGUAAGAUACUAUGCUUGCUAGAUUUUUAUGCAGAAACAAACUUUUAUACAAAUUCUUUAAUAAAACUCCUAUUUGUUCCUGUAAAUCUGUUAUAAAAAUCCCUAUAUUUGCUCUAUUAACUGCCAAAAAUAUUCCUAUAAUCCUAUAUUUUUUAGACCAAAAGUGGCUUGACACCCUGCUUGUGGGAUCUUUAUACAGCUUUAAACCGACAUGUAGACUAGCACUGUAUAUGUUAUUUUGGUUUUCCUAUCAAUUGGUAUUUAUGCUGGGUGCAAAUGGUUAAUGUGUACAUUUCCUUACGCAGCUGUAUGAUUGUAAGUACUGUAUAAAAUGACAUGUUUGUAAAUUCAGUGAUAUUGCAAAAAAAAUAACAAAGAAAAUAACCCAAACAACCAAACUAAACAACAGCAUGUUUAAUUUAUGAUUUUAAAAAAUCACAAAAGCAGAUAUAGUUCCCUAUCUAUUGAACCAGACUGACUGCUUAAUAACUUUGAUGAAAUUCUCAAAAAUAGUGAAAAAACAGUCACAAUUCAUCAUCAAGUCUAUAGAGCAUCAACUGUACAUGUAUUAACGUUCAAUCAAGAACACCCCCCCCCCCCCCCCCCCCCCUGUCAUUCACAUCCAGUCACAAAAUUAUCACGGGGAGAAGUACUGUAAGCGUGGAUAUUUCUCCCCCCCCCCCCCCCCCCCCCCCCCCCCGUCAUUCACAUCCAGUCACAAAAUUAUCACGGGGAGAAGUACUGUAAGCGUGGAUAUUUCCGCGUGUUGUUCAUUUCAAGUAUGUUUUAUGCACGCCAUACGCUGUUUUUUUUUAAAUUACUUCAUAUCAGUAUCUUUAAUUAAUAAAUUAACUAUGGGAAUAGUACGUGUGGGAGGUAAUUUACAGGAAAAUCUUGUAAUCGCGUCUUUAGUGUAAAUAACCCCCACACGUAAAUCUCCACUGUACAUUAACCCAGAAUCUUUGUAUGAAUUUAUUUGUCAUCCCAGUGUGUAUAUUUUUAUUAAAUCUUUAUCAAUUGUU